GUUUAGUGGAUUGUUAAAUAUGAACUACGCAAGUUUCGAGCCUUGUGCAUUUGUGGGAUCCUCUCGCAAGUGUACGACAUCUGUUUCACUCCUGGUUUUGGAGGAUAACAUGCAUGUAAGUGAAUUUGUAAUAUCCCAAAAUUUUGAAUUUAAUUGGAAGAAAUCCUACUUUUUUGAAGUAAAUUGAAGAGAUCAGAGACUUGAGGAUCAACUUGUGCAGAAUCUAGAAGUCAGGAACCAAAUCUGCUAUUUUACCAUUGAAGAAAUUGCAAAAGGAGACCAGAAACCCGACACGAGUGUAGUGUCAACACAUGAUCAUGGUGUCGAUACCAUGCGUUAAAUGUCCAGAAUCACAUUCUGUUUCCUAUUUUGUGUCAACACGUAAUUCGAAGUGUCAGCACCACGCGAUCAGCAUCCAAAAUUCAGUUUCCUAUUUCUGUUCCAAGUCCUACUUUUAUUUUAAUUAGGGUUUCUAAAAUCCUAUAAAUACCCAUCCAAAUUCAGAAUUAAGAGAGUUUUUGAGAGGCUUGUGAGGAAAGAAAUUAGGAUAAGGAUGGCUGAAUUUUUUUCUUUCUUUCCUCUUCCUUAUCCGUGCGUCCUGCUCUUCUUCUUCUCCCCUACAGCCGGCAAAGAGCCCCAGCGACCGACUGCACCUCCCCUUGAAAAAAAAAAAUCGGUAAAAGCUUGGGGAUUUCUCCUUCUUUUCUUGUUCUAGAACACAUAUAGAACCCAGAAAUCUUCCCCUGCAGAGAAAUUUCCAUAUCUGCUCUGCUCUUCCUCCCCUGUCCGCGAGCUGCAACUUGUGGUACAAAGUUCUGGGCUUUUUCCGUUCUCUGCCAAUCCCGUUCCUGCCAUACCCGCCAGAUCUGGUUCUCUGCUUGUCGAAAAAUUUCGGAAGCGAAGUCAAGGACGGGGAAAAAUGAGGGGAGUGACGAGUUAGAAGGGUAGCCAUCUUGUCAAUUGAACAUAGAUUUUAGAUAUAAAUCAUUAUCUUGUAAGCUAGAAUUUAUUUGGAGAUUUUAUGAUAUAAAGGUAAAUUUUAAAAUUUUAUCUUCAGAUUUUGUGGUAUCAGAUUGUGGUAUGAUAAGUUUCGAGUCUUGUGUAUUUGUGGGACCCUCUUACAAGUGUACGGCGUUUGUUACACCCUCGAAUUUGGGUUC